CAGAAACAGAGAAACGUCAACCGCAGCCUUAGAGGGCUACAAAAAGCAUUCCGACGAAGAAGUCACAGGCAGGAUGACGUCGAAUCACACCAACAGUGUGCUUACCUCUCUUAGACCUGCAAUAAGUACCGAAACACGGACUUAUAGGAGCGACCAACCUGCGAAACACGCAACGGUUGACAGCGAGAAGAUCAAAGAGACCGAACGUAGCCUUCCACGUGCUACUUAUAGACCACGCCCAGGUGACAUCAUGGUGUUCCAUCCUCAAUUUGAGCGAGCAGGUAAAGAGGCUGGGCUUCAGGUGUGGCGAGUAGAGAACAUGGACCUGGUUCCUGUGCCUGAGAGUCUUUAUGGACAGUUCUACACUGGAGAUGCCUACGUGGUUCUGAACAGCACCAGCAAUCGUCGAGGAGACCUGCAGUACGACCUGCACUACUGGCAAGGUUCAGAGUGCUCUCAAGAUGAAAGCGGAGCUGCAGCUAUUCUUGCUGUCCAGAUGGAUGACUUCCUCCAGGGGGCGCCAGUCCAGUACAGAGAAGUCCAAGGCCAUGAAUCAAGUACCUUCAGCGGGUACUUCAAAACGGGCCUCACUUACAUGCAAGGAGGUGUGGCCUCAGGGUUCAAUCACGUGGUAACCAAUGAGGUGGAAGUUCAGAGGCUGCUACAGGUCAAAGGUCGGCGUGUUGUCAGGUCAACAGAGAUUCCUGUCAACUGGGAGAAUUUCAACCAGGGAGACAGUUUCAUCCUGGACCUGGGUCAGGAAAUCGUCCAGUGGUCCGGUCGUCAUAGCAACAGAUUUGAGAAACUUAAGGCCACCAUGGUCUCCAAGAGUAUCCGUGACAACGAGAGAUGUGGGCGGGCAAAACUCCAGGUUGUCGAUGAAGGGGCGGAGCCAGAGAAGAUGAUAGAGGUUCUGGGAGAGAAACCGGACCUUCCUGAAUCCCUCAGCGAUGACACCCAGACAGACGUGUCCAACAGGAAGGUGGCUAAGCUCUAUAAGGUGUCCAACGCUGGGGGGGUCAUGGACGUUACGCUGGUAUCGGAGCAGAACCCGUUCUCCCAAGAUGCCUUGGAGUCCACCGAGUGUUACAUCCUCGACAAUGGAACCAACGGCCUAAUCUUUGUCUGGAAAGGUAAGGAUGCAAACAGUGAUGAGCGCCAUGCUGUUCUGCAGAGCUCAGAGAAGUUCCUCCAGCAGAUGAACUAUCCACCAUACACCCAGGUCCAGGUCCUUCCUGAGUAUGGCGAGACGCCACUCUUCAAACAGUUUUUUAAGAAUUGGAAGGACGAUGUAGACACUGUUGGCAUGGGAACAGCCUACGUCACCAAUAAGGUGGCAAAGAUUGAGAAGGUACAGUUUGAUGUGUCAAAGCUGCACCAAUCAGAUUCCAUGGCAGCGCAGUAUGGGAUGGUGGACCGAGGACAUGGAGAGAAAAAGAUCUGGAGGAUUGAAGGAUCCAACAAGGUUCCAGUGGAAUCAGCUUCCUUUGGUCAGUUCUAUGGAGGAGAUAGUUACCUCAUCCUGUAUCAGUACCAGCACAGUGACAGACAAGGUCACAUCAUCUACAUAUGGCAGGGGGCGGAGUCUAGUCAGGAUGAAACUGGGGCAUCGGCUGUUCUUGCUGUUAAGCUGGAUGAUGAACUGGGUGGUGGUGCAGUUCAGGUGAGGGCGCUUCAAGGAAAAGAGCCCGCCCACCUCAUGAGCAUGUUUGGAGGCCGACCAAUGGUGGUGUACAAAGGUGGAACAUCUAGGGAGGGUGGACAGUCCGAACCCACUGAAACCCGUUUGUUUCAAGUCCGAGCCAAUCCAGCAGGAGACACCAGAGCUGUAGAGGUGGCUCCAUCCUCCUCCUGUCUGAACUCCAAUGAUGUGUUCCUCCUGGUGUCCUCCUCUGGAUCCUGGAUGUGGAAAGGGAGUAGCAGCAGCUCAGCUGAGGUUAAAGGAGCCGAACAUCUGGCUGAGAUCCUCCUGGUGACUCCCACUCAGCAGGAAGAGGGGGAGGAAGAAGAUGGGUUCUGGGUUGCUCUGGGAGGGAAGGAGGACUACUGUCACUCUCCUCGGCUGAACAACAAGAUAGAUGCUCACCCUCCUCGACUCUUCGCCUGCUCCAACAAGACCGGAAGCUUCCAGAUGGAGGAGGUUCCAGGAGAACUAACCCAGGAUGAUCUGGCUCCUGAUGAUGUCAUGAUCCUGGACACCUGGGAUCAGGUGAGUCUUCCUUUCCAUCACCACUGUGGAAAUAAGCCUCUGGCUCUUCUGUUAGCUCACAGUCUCCUCCUGCAGGUGUUUGUUUGGAUUGGAAAUGAGGCCCAUGAUGAAGAGAAGAUGGAAGCUGCUGCAUCGGCUGAGCGCUAUAUCGACACCGACCCGGCUGGCAGAGACCCACGGACCCCUAUCGUGACACUGAAACAGGGAUUCGAACCACCAACCUUCACUGGCUGGUUUCUAGGCUGGAACCAUGAAUACUGGAACAAGGACCCACUGGAGCGCUUCAUGCAGGGCCUGUGACAUCACUUCCUAUUUCCAGUGGAGGAGAAUGAAUAAACCCCUGUGUGGCCCAGUUA